CGCCUUCCACGGUAGACCAAAGAGCCCGCCGGCUCGACACCAGAAUUCGCAGAGAUGUCGAUCUCCUUCCCGCAAGAAGAGGAGCGCAUCCUCGCCCUCUGGAGAGAGAUCAACGCCUUCCAGCGCCAGAUCGAACUGUCCAAGGGCAAAAAGCCCUACACCUUCUACGAUGGCCCGCCCUUUGCGACCGGCCUUCCGCACUACGGCCACUUGCUCGCCUCCACCAUCAAGGAUAUUGUGCCCCGGUACUGGUCUAUGAAGGGCCGCUAUGUCGAGAGGCGCUUCGGUUGGGACACCCACGGCGUGCCCAUCGAGCACGAGAUUGACAAGAAGCUGGGUAUUAGUGGCAAGGAUGCUGUCAUGCAGAUGGGCCUGGAAAAAUACAACGAAGAGUGCAGGGCUAUUGUCAUGAGAUUUGCUUCCGAGUGGAGGCAGACCAUUGACAGGCUGGGAAGGUGGAUUGACUUCGACAAUGACUACAAGACUAUGGACCCCAAGUUCAUGGAGUCCGAGUGGUGGGUUUUCAAGCAAUUGUUCGAAAAGGACGCCGUCUACCGCGGUUUCAAGGUCAUGCCUUACUCUACCGCGCUCAACACGCCUCUGAGCAACUUCGAGGCACAGCAAAACUACAAGGACGUCCAGGACCCCGCCGUUGUCAUUUCCUUCCCGCUGGUGGAGGACCCCAACACCUACUUCCUCGCUUGGACGACUACGCCCUGGACCCUUCCGUCGCACACCGGUCUCUCCGCGCACCCCGAUUUCGUGUACGUCAAGAUCCUCGAUGAGGCGUCCGGCAAGAACUACAUCCUUCUCGAGAGCCUGCUCAAGACGCUCUACAAGGACCCCAAGAAGGCGAAGUACAAGGUCGUGACCAAGUACAAGGGCUCGGAAAUGCUGGGAUGGAAGUACGAGCCUCCGUUUGAUUACUUCAAGGAGGAGUUCAAGGACGUCGCUUUCAAGCUUUUGAAUGCUACCUACGUUACUGCGGACAGUGGUACUGGUAUCGUUCACCAGUCGCCUGCCUUUGGUGAGGACGAUUACAACGUCGCGUGGGCCGCUGGCAUCAUCAACGAGAAGCGCCUGCCUCCCAACCCUGUGGACGAGAAGGGAUGCUUCACCGCCGAGGUCACCGACUUCGUCGGCAUGCAUGUCAAGGCCGCCGACAAGGCCAUCCUUAAGCACUUGAAAGCCACUGGCCGCGUGGUCGUCGACAGCCAGAUUACUCACAGUUACCCCUUCUGCUGGCGUUCGGAUACCCCUCUUAUCUACCGGGCGGUGCCUUCGUGGUUCGUCAAGAUUCCCGACAUCAUUCCCGAUAUGUUGGCUGGUAUCGAGAAGUCGCACUGGGUUCCUUCUUUCGUCAAGGAGAAACGUUUUGCGAGCUGGAUUUCGAAUGCGCGCGACUGGGCUGUCUCCAGGAACAGGUACUGGGGUACUCCCAUUCCCCUCUGGGUCAGCGACGACUUCAAGGAGGUUGUCUGUAUUGGCAGUGCCCAAGAACUCAAGGAGCUGAGCGGUUACGAGGGCGAAAUCCUUGACCUGCACCGUCACAAGAUUGACCACAUCACCAUUCCUAGCAAGCAGGGCAAAGGUGUCUUGAGGAGAAUUGAGGAGGUCUUUGACUGUUGGUUCGAGUCUGGUAGCAUGCCUUAUGCUUCCCAGCACUACCCCUUCGAGAACAAGGACCAAUUCCACCAGUCUUUCCCUGGAGACUUUAUUGCCGAGGGUCUUGACCAGACUCGCGGUUGGUUCUACACCAUGACUGUUCUCGGUGUUCACCUUUUCGGCAAGCUGCCUUUCCAGAACUGUAUCGUCAACGGUAUCGUCCUGGCUGAGGAUGGCAAGAAGAUGUCCAAGCGUCUGAAGAACUACCCCGACCCCCAGAAGGUCAUGGACGAAUACGGUUCGGACGCUCUCCGUCUUUACCUCAUCAACUCGCCCGUCGUCCGUGCCGAGCCUCUGAGGUUCAAGGAAGCUGGUGUCAAGGAGAUUGUCUCCAAGGUCCUGCUGCCGCUCUGGAACAGCUACAAGUUCUUCGAGCAGCAAGUCACGCUUCUGAAGAAGGUUGCUGAUGUCGACUACGUUUUCGACCCCAGCGCCGAGAAGACCAACACCAACGUUAUGGAUCGCUGGAUCCUGGCUUCUUGCCAGAGUCUUCUCAAGUACGUUAACGAGGAGAUGGCUGCCUACAGGCUGUACACUGUCGUGCCCAGGUUACUUGGUCUCAUCGAGAACACCACGAACUGGUACAUCAAGCUCAACCGUCGUCGCCUGAAGGGCGAGUACGGCAUUGACGACACCCAGCACGCUCUCAACACUCUCUUCGAGGUCCUCUAUACCCUUACCCGUGGCCUCGCUCCCUUCACUCCCUUCAUCACCGACAACAUCUACCAGCGUCUUCUUCCUCAUAUUCCCGAGAACCUGCACGGUGAGGACUCUCGCAGUGUUCACUUCCAGCCGUUCCCUGAGGUCCGUGAGGAACUCUUCGAUGAGGCCGUUGAGCGCCGUGUCGGCCGUAUGCAGGCCGUCAUCGACCUCGGCCGUGUCUCGCGUGAGCGUCAAAACGUUGGUCUCAAGACGCCCCUCAAGACGCUCAUCAUCAUCCACUCCGACCAGCAGUACCUCGACGACGUGAAGUCGCUUGAGGGCUACGUCUGCGAGGAGAUGAACGUGCGCGACCUUGUCCUCUCCUCCGACGAGGACAAGUACAACGUCCAGUACUCGGUCAGCGCCGACUGGGCCGUCCUGGGCAAGAAGCUGAAGAAGGACGCUGUUAAGGUUAAGAAGGCCCUGCCCAGCCUCAGCAGCGAUGACGUCAAGGGCUACCUCAAAAACGGCGCGAUCACUGUCGACGGUAUCGAGCUGGGUCCCGAGGACCUGAUCGUCAAGCGCGGGCUCAAGGAGUCCGAGGUCAAGAAGACGCAGGAGUUCAACACGGACAACGAGGUCCUCAUCAUCCUCGACUGCGAGGCAUACCCGGAGCUGGCGCAGGAGGGUCUGGCGCGCGAGAUCAUCAACCGCGUGCAGCGUCUGCGCAAGAAGGCCGGCCUGGUGCCCACCGACGACGUCGGAAUGGAGUACCGUGUGUUGGGUGACCCGGACAGUGUGGGUCUCGAGGGUGUGUUUGACAGCCACCAGGAGAUGAUCAAGAAGGCGCUGAGGCGGCCGGUCGACAAGCACGUCGUCACGGAGGACAAGGGUGCCAUUCCGGACGGCAUGGUCGAUGUGGUUAUUAUGGAGGAGGAGCAGGAGAUUCAGAAGGCGACGUUCAUGCUGCGGUUGGUCAAGUUGUAGAGUGAUGGGG